AUGGGCACAGCUUCAAACGGCUUUGCCCUAGUAACGCCCGCCUCUCGGGGAAUAGGCUUCGCCUUCGCUCAGCAGCUCUUAGCACGAACAACCCUCCCCGUCGUGGUAACAGCGCGCAAGAACUGUUCCGAGGUCAGAGACCGACUUCUCUCCAGCAAGGAAUUACCAUCCACCGCAGACAAAAGACUGCGUAUACUUGAAGUAGACGUGAAAGAUGAAUCCACCAUCUCAUCCAUGGCGGAGACUAUACACCGCGAAUUACCGGAUACACCACUACGCCUCGCCCUAACAGUACCGGGUAUAUUACACGUCGAAAAAUCACCAUCUCAGAUUGACGCCAAAAAUGCGCUAGACAGUUUCCAAGUGAACGCUCUCGGCCCGCUAUUGCUCACGAAACAUCUCUCCCAAUUCCUCCCCACAAAGUCAUCACCUGCUUUCUCUUCUGAAACACAUGCAGAAGGUUCAUUGAGACUACCAUCUCAUGCAAUCUACGCCAUGAUGGCAGCACGCGUGGGCUCAAUAUCUGAUAAUAACUCCGGUGGCUGGUACUCCUACCGCGCGAGUAAAGCGGCUGUCUAUCAAAUAACUAAGACGUUUGAUUUGUAUUUGAGAGGCAGGUGUAAGGAGAGGGCGCUUGCUGUGGCGUUGCAUCCUGGGACUGUGAAAACGGAUUUCACAAAAGAGUUUUGGAGUGGGAGGGAGAUGCUUGAGCCGGCAGAUUCUGCGCAGAGGUUGCUGGAGUUUCUUAUGGAUUUGGAGCCUGGGGUUAAGGACGGUAGGGGGAGAUGUUGGGAUUGGAAGGGGGAGGAAGUAUUUCCCUAG